UGAGCUCUCACUUCCUGAGAGAAGAGCCCUGAGGAACAGACGUUCCCUGGUGGCCCUGGCACCUCCAACCCCAGACAUGCUGCUGCUGCUGCUGCUGCUGCCCCUGCUCUGGGGGAGGGAGAGGGUGGAGGGACAGAGGAAUAACCGGAAGGAUUACCCACUGACGAUGCAGGAGUCUGUGACGGUGCAGCAAGGCCUGUGUGUCCAUGUGCUGUGCUCCUUCUCCUACCCCUGGUAUGGCUGGACUUACUCUGACCCAGUUCAUGGCUACUGGUUCCGGGCAGGGGCCCGUACAGACCAGGAUGCUCCAGUGGCCACAAACAACCCAGCUCGGGCAGUGUGGGAGGAGACUCGGGACCGAUUCCACCUCCUUGGGGACCCACAGACCAAGAAUUGCACCCUGAGCAUCAGAGACGCCAGAAGCAGUGAUGCAGGGACGUACUUCUUUCGUGUGGAGAGAGGAAAGACAAAAUGGAAUUAUAAGGAUGUCCCGCUCUCUGUGCAUGUGACAGCCCUGACACACAGGCCCAACAUCCUCAUCCCAGGCACCCUAGAGUCCGGCUGCCCCCAGAAUCUGACCUGCUCUGUGCCCUGGGCCUGUGAGCAGGGGACACCCCCUAUGAUCUCCUGGAUGGGGACCUCCGUGUCUCCCCUGGACCCCUCCACCACCCGCUCCUCGGUGCUCACCCUCAUCCCACAGCCCCAGGACCACGGCACCAGCCUCACCUGUCAGGUGACCUUCCCUGGGGCCAGUGUGACCACGAACAAGACCAUCCACCUCAACGUGUCCUACCCCCCUCAGAACUUGACCAUGACUGUCUUCCAAGGAAAUGACACAGUAUCCACAGUCCUGGGAAAUGGCUCAUCUGUUUCAGUCCCAGAGGGCCCGUCUCUGCGCCUGGUCUGUGCAGUUGACAGCAAUCCGCCUGCCAGGCUGAGCCUGAGCUGGGGAGGCCUGACCCUGUGCCCUUCACAGCCCUCAAACCCGGGGGUGCUGGAGCUGCCUCGGGUGCACCUGAGGGAUGAAGAGGAAUUCACCUGCAGAGCUCAGAACCUUCUGGGCUCUCAGCAGGUCUCCCUGAACGUCUCCCUGCAGAGUAAAGCCACAUCAGGAGUGACUCAGGGGGCAGUCGGAGCUGGAGCCACAGCCCUGGUCUUCCUGUCCUUCUGCGUCAUCUUCGUUGUAGUGAGGUCCUGCAGGAAGAAAUCAGCAAGGCCAGUCGCGGGCGUGGGGGAUAUGGGCACAGAGGAUGCAAACGCCGUCAGGGGCUCAGCCUCUCAGGGUACCUUGAUUGAGUCCUGGGCAGACGACAGCCCCCGACACCAUGGCCUGGCUGCCCCCUCCUCAGGGGAGGAAGGAGAGAUCCAGUAUGCAUCCCUCAGCUUCCAUAAGGUGGGGCCUCAGGACCUGUGGGGACAAGAGGCCACCAACAUGAGUAUUCGGAGAUCAAGAUCCCCAAGUGAGAAACUGCAGAGACUUGGGCUUGUUUGAGGGUUCACAACCCCUCCGGUAAAGGAGUCCGAGGCCGAUUCCUGUAGAAUUAACAGCCCUCGAAGCUGUGCAACAGGACAUCAGAGCUUAUUCCUCCUGUCUAACUGAAAAUGCAUGCCUGCCUUUCCCCAUCUAAUCAGUCCACACUCCCCGCCCCAGCCUCUGGUACCCAUGAUUCUCCUCUCUACUUCUCUGAGGAUGUCUAUUUUAGAUUCCAAAUAUAAUGAGAUCGUAACGUG